AUGGGGACAUUGGGGACAGCGGCGGGGGCGCGGUGCCUGCUCGGCCUCGUCCUGCUGGGGGUGCCCGGCCGGGCCGCAGGAGCCCUGGCCGAGCCCGAGCUGUGCUACGUGCUGGACGCCGUGCUCUUCCUCUACAGCCUCAUCCUCACCGGCCUCUACGUGCGCCUCAGGUUCCUGACUCGGAGGUCGUGGCAAGCGGCUCAGAAGAAGGAGGAAGAGGCCGUUUACGCCGGUCUCAGCUCCGAGCACCAGGAGACCUACGAGACCCUGCAGAUGAAGAGCUCCUGACCCCCCCCCGUGUCACCUCCUGUCCCCUCCUGUGUCACCUCCCCUGUCCCCAAACCCUGGGACCCCC